UGCCAACCGUACGGUCCCGGUUGGGGAAGUACGGUAAUUUGGCCUCCCGUACGGUCCACGGACGGACCUGUCAAAAUCAUGGAAAAAUACGGUAAUUCUAUUUACCGACAUGAUUGUCAUUAUUCUAAAUUCUUGAAAUAUUUAUUGUUUUUAGGUAUAAAACUUUAAGUUUUAGUUAUAACCAUAUAAAUUAUAGCUAAGUAAUAUAAACAUUUCCGUUGGUUUUAUAUAUUUUUUAUUAUGAUGUUUAAUGAAAGUGAUGAUGACAUUGAUGCACCUUCGACUUCAACACCGCGUGGUGAAAGCACCCAUAAGCUUGGCCAUAGAACGCAGAAAUAUAGGACGGAAUGGGAGCAACUACCCGGUUUCAAAAAUUGGCUUGGACCAGUGAAAGACAACAUCACAAAAGCUUAUUGUUGCUAUUGCAAACGGGAAAUGGUCUCAGAAAUAACAACAAUAAAAAAACAUGCAGCUUCUUUGGCUCAUUCGAAAAAUGUUAAAUCCAUUACUAAUAUUUUUAAGAAAGUUGACGAUGUGAAUGAGGUUAAAAAAAUCAAUCAAAUUAAAAGAGCUGAAAUAUUAAUUUGUGGUUUUCUAUCCGAACACAAUAUAUCUUUCAAUACUGCUGAUCAUUUAACACAAAUACUAAAAAAAGCAUUUCCAGACUCUGAUAUUGCGAAAAAAAUUGUUUUGGGUCGAACUAAGGCUACUAAAAUUGUAACAAAUGUCAUUGGUAAGAAUCACAAAGAAGAAUUAGUUCAAGAUUUAAAAAACACAACUUUCAGUGUUAUAAUCGAUGAAAGUACUGACGUGGGAACUCUUAAGACCUUGUGCAUUUGUGUUAGGUACUUUAACCCUACAACAAAUAAGAUCAUGUCAAGGUUUUGGGAAUUAAUUGAAGUGUUUAAAGAUUCUGAUUCAGCUAACGAAGGUGCCACUGCAAGUAAGAUAUAUACUGAAGUAAUAAACUCUUUUAGAAAUGAAAGUAUUCCACUAGAAAAUAUAAUCGGCUUUGCAUCUGACGGUUGUAAUACAAUGUUUGGACCUUGGAAUUCGGUGGCAAGUCGCUUUAAGGAAGAUUUUCCUGGAGUUAUGGUGCAAAAAUGUAUUUGCCAUUCAUUAGCGCUGUGUGCUAGUGAAGCCUGUAAAAUUUUGCCUCGAAGAUGUGAAGACUUAUCACGAGAUGUUUACAAUUUUUUCAAAACAAGCUGUAAACGAAUUGCUCAAUUCAAAGAAUUUCAAACAUUUUGUGAUGUUAAUCCACACCGAAUAUUAAGACCAUCGCAAACACGAUGGUUGUCUUUGUUGAUGGUAGUUCAGCGAAUUCUGGAACAGUGGGAACCUCUUAAAAUGUUUUUCAGAUUACAUGGAUUUGAAGAACGUGUUGUAAUGGCAGAAACCAUCUAUAAUAAUUUAAAUGAUCCACUUAAUUUUUUAUUUUACAACUUUUUGGAAUGGGUAUUACCAAAGUUUGUAAAUUUGAAUAAGCUCUUUCAGAGUGAAAAAAGUGUUGUUGCUGUAUUACAUAUUAGAAUGAAGGAAACAUACCAAGGUAGUUAUGAUAAACAAAUAAGCUAAAUUUAAAUUAAACCAAC